CGCCGGAGGAAGCCGCCAUAUUUAUCAAUUAUUUACUAUUUGUGUCCAUAUUUUUCUAGGGAGUGACAAGUUUUGUUAAUAAAACGGCACUAAUUUACUAAUUAUUUAAUUUAUUCCUUUAAUAAAGAAGACUUUUUUAUCUGGUACGGUCUGAAAAUGGGAGAAGAAAAAGAAGGUAAAGAAAGAGAACGAAGCAGAGAAAGGGGGGACAGGGACAAAGACCGCAGGAAACGCUCCAGGUCCCGCGAACACAGACGUCGCUCCAAGUCCAGGAGCAGGGAACGCAGAAGGAGAAGUCGAUCAGGCUCUCCGAGACACAAGAGCAGUGCCUACUCGAGAAGGAGAAAGCCUUCUCUGUACUGGGACGUGCCCCCUCCGGGUUUCGAACACAUCACUCCCCUGCAGUACAAAGCUAUGCAGGCAGCGGGGCAAAUUCCAGCUAAUAUAGUUGCCGAUACGCCACAAGCUGCCGUACCGGUUGUGGGGUCUACCAUCACAAGGCAGGCUAGACGAUUGUAUGUGGGCAACAUUCCGUUUGGUGUGACGGAGGAGGAGAUGAUGGAGUACUUCAACCAGCAGAUGCACUUGAGUGGGUUGGCCCAAGCGGCGGGCAAUCCGGUGCUGGCGUGUCAAAUUAACUUGGACAAGAACUUCGCUUUUCUUGAGUUUAGGUCGAUCGAUGAGACUACGCAGGCCAUGGCCUUCGACGGCAUCAACUUCAAAGGUCAAAGUUUAAAGAUUCGCAGGCCGCACGAUUACCAACCGAUGCCGGGUAUGGCCGAGAACGCCAUCAGUGUCCCAGCGGGCGUGAUCAGUACCGUCGUACCCGAUUCGCCUCACAAAAUCUUUAUCGGAGGCCUUCCGAAUUAUUUGAACGAAGAUCAGGUAAAGGAGCUUCUUAUGUCCUUCGGACAACUGAGGGCCUUCAAUCUCGUUAAGGAUACCGCCUUCGGACUUAGCAAGGGCUACGCCUUUGCCGAAUACAUCGAUAUUACAAUGACGGAUCAGGCCAUCGCGGGACUCAACGGAAUGCAGCUUGGCGACAAGCGUCUGAUAGUCCAACGAGCUAGCGUUGGAGCUAAGAACACCACGGUCUUGCCCGCGGUGCAGAUCCAAGUACCAGGUCUCAGUCUAGUGGGUGCUUCCGGGCCACCCACCGAAGUGUUGUGUCUUCUUAACAUGGUUACACCCGACGAACUCAAAGACGAGGAAGAAUACGAAGACAUCCUGGAAGAUAUAAAGGAAGAGUGUAAUAAAUACGGAGUGGUCAGGAGUAUAGAAAUUCCUAGGCCGAUAGAUGGUGUUGAAGUGCCGGGAUGUGGAAAGGUGUUUGUUGAGUUCAAUUCUGUAUUGGACUGUCAAAAGGCUCAGCAGACUUUAACGGGUCGAAAGUUCAGCAAUCGUGUCGUGGUAACUUCGUACUUUGAUCCGGAUAAAUACCACAGAAGAGAAUUUUAAAUUGUACCGCUAGCUUAUAAUAAGGCUAUCUAUAUUUUAUAUGUUAAGUAAUUGUUUGUAGAGGAACUUUCAUUGAAAUAUAUUAAGACUACUUUCCAA